GAUCUGCCCUCGCGACCGAAGCCGGCGCGCGACGCGCGGAGCAUAUUCGCCGGGCGUAAGGAGGGGCAAAUCGGUCAACAGACCCCCUGGUCGUGAUCUUCCAUGCUCUCCUCUCCGGCGGCAGCGUCUCCAUCUUCCUCCCUCCAAUAUUGACUUUCUCUCUCUUUCUUCUCUCUCUAGCUCUCUCCGUCAUUCAAAUGCUGCCAUUUCCGCGAUCGCUCGGCUCCACCGUCGCUCGCCAAACCCUAGAACCCCUCGCCGGCAAACCUCGAUCGGCCUUCCUCCCCCGAUUCGCGGCGGCGACGGUGACGGCGAAGAUGAUGCGCGAGUAGUUUCGUUGUUCGGAGGAGGUGCUGCUGCUGCUGCUGUUGCUAUUAUUGUUGGUGUUGGUGGUGUUGUUGUUGCGGCGAUCAUGGCGAUGGAGACGGCGAUUCUGGAGGUUCUGAUACCCUCGUGGUGGGAGGUCCAGGUCACGGUGGCCACCGCGGUGUUCGUGACGCUGGCGUACUGGUUCUUCACGUCCGGGGCCGACGGGAGCCCCGACUUGCCCGUCGAGAGUUCGGCCGCCGCUUCCGGGGACGACAACGGCAAGAUGGCUCUUUCGAAGGGAGAUUCUAAUAGCAAUUCUGCCUAUGAAAUUAAGGUGGAAUUGUUAGCUGCUAAAAAUCUUAUUGGUGCAAAUCUGAAUGGCACUUCAGAUCCAUAUGCUAUCAUAACCUGUGGUACAGAAAAGCGAUUCAGCUCAAUGGUGCAGGGUUCUAGGAAUCCCAUGUGGGGAGAGGAGUUCAAUUUUUCUGUAGAUGAGCUUCCUAUUGAGACAGCAGGAGGUUUGGGGCACUAUGGCACUCCAACAGGCAGUGCUGGGAUUCAAACCAUUAAAAGUCAGUUUGACAAUUUCUUUCUUUCUCCUCUUAAGAUUAAUGUGACCAUAUAUGAUUGGGAUAUAAUUUGGAAAAGUGCUGUUCUUGGUUCAGUGACUGUACCAGUUGAAAGUGAAGGUCAAACUGGCGCUGAAUGGUAUCCUCUGGAUAGCUCGUCAGGGCAGGUUUGUCUUCAUAUUAAAACAACAAAGUUACCUGUAAAUUCGACAAGGGGCAUAAAUGGAUAUUCUGGACCUGCUCGUAGGAGAAAAUCCCUAGAUAAGCAAGGACCAACAGUGGUUCACCAGAAGCCUGGCCCCUUGCAAACAAUAUUUAAUCUCCUUCCAGACGAGGUUGCUGACCAUAGUUAUUCAUGUGCCCUUGAGAGAUCAUUCUUAUAUCAUGGUCGAAUGUAUGUUUCAGCAUGGCACAUUUGCUUUCACUCUAAUGUCUUUUCAAAGCAAAUGAAGGUGGUUGUACCAUUUCAAGAUAUUGAUGAGAUAAAAAGGAGCCAGCAUGCAUUUAUCAACCCUGCUAUAACGAUUAUUCUCCGCAUGGGUGCGGGUGGACAUGGUGUACCUCCUUUGGGAAGUCCUGAUGGUAGAGUUAGAUAUAAGUUCGCAUCAUUUUGGAACAGGAACCAUGCAUUGAGAGCUCUACAGCGUUCAUUAAGCAACUUCCAUGCAAUGUUGGAAGCUGAAAAGAAGGAAAAGGUUGAGUCAGAAUUACGAGCUCAUAGUAGCUCUGUGAGGGGUAGUAGAAGGUCUCUCAAGAUUCCUGAAGAUAGUGUAAUCAAGACUGGAAAGCUUCAACCUUUCAUUAAAGAAGAAGUUUUAGUUGAAAUAUACAAAGGCACCUUCCCUUGCUCAGCGGAAAAAGUCUUUAAUGUACUUUUGAGUGACGAUUCGAAGUAUAUAAACGAGUACCGUUCAGCAAGAAAGGAUACUAAUCUUGUCAUGGGCCAAUGGCAUGCUGCUGACGAAUAUGACGGUCAAGUGAGGGAGAUUACCUUUAGAUCUCUUUGUAGCAGUCCAAUGUGCCCACCUGACACGGCCAUGACAGAGUAUCAGCAUGCUGUUUUAUCACCAGAUAAGAAAACUCUGGUGUUCGAGACAGUCCAGCAGGCACAUGAUGUCCCUUUUGGAUCCUACUUUGAGGUUCACUGUAGGUGGCAUUUGGAAACGAAUGAUGAAAGCUCAUGUACCCUUGUUAUUAAAGUUGGUGCCCAUUUUAAGAAAUGGUGUAUAAUGCAAUCCAAAAUCAGGUCGGGGGCUAUCGAUGAGUACAAGAAAGAGGUAGAGUUGAUGUUAGAUGUGGCCACCUCCUAUGUCAAGUCAAAUGCCGGCAAGACCAAUGAGAGUGCUUCAUCUGCCACCAUGACCGAAGGCAGCAGCUAGUAUUGCACAAUGUCUGAACCUGCAUGUACCAUUCAGUCUGUACUUGUACCAUGAGAUUAAUAGAAACGGUUUUGCCACUUUUUUUUUUUCCAAAGCAGAUGUAGGUUCUGAUGUCCAACGCCACUUCACCCUAUCUCUUUUUGGGGAGAACUAGAGGUGUAUGUUGUGUGUACUUUGUCAUAUCACCUGUCAAGCAAGGUGCAAGAUACAGCCAUUAAAGGCGAUUACAAAGAAAAGACGGCUUGGGAUGAGGAUGGUUCGCCUUGUUUAUGUGUUUGUUACUUAUAUGAUGGAAAAUAGAAAAUUUGUGGUAAGAUGUUCUUCAA